GUAGGCGGAAGCUCUGACAGCCUCCAGCUCCAGGAUGGAACCGGCGUCGAGUAUCUUCUGUUCAGGCAGUGCAAGCAGGCAGGCAAUUUCAUCCCACAUCCUUGCAACGACAACACAUUGUUUCUGAGAAACCGCGUCCAAGAAGACACUUCUCUCAGGCAGAACGAGUUACACUGUAAGAUAUCGUUAAACGAGUUAACUUGCAUACAAUUGUUUCUACAAAUAUCGCAAAGGGGCCCGUUAAGGAUUAACGAAUAAACGUCGGUGGGAUGGAAACGCAGAUCCAUGUGCCAGUAGGUUCGCCAAUUAUACGGAAGAUUCCAAUUUUUGUAGAGGAGCACAAUGUGACAGAAGGCGCAAUGAAGCUCAUUAAAGAGUUAAGACCGACGUGGGACACGAACAACGUCAAGACGAAGUUCUUCACUGAUGGUACAACCAACAAACUUGUGGGCUGCUAUGUGGAGGAUUGUCCAGAAGAUGUAGUCUUGGUAAGAGUUUAUGGGCACAAGACCGAGCUUAUUGUGGACAGAGACAACGAGGUUAAAAGCUUUCAGGUGCUACAUGCUAAUGGUUGUGCUCCCCGUCUUUACUGCACUUUUCAAAAUGGCAUAUGUUACGAAUACAUUCAAGGGGAUGCUCUUGGGACUGAAGACGUGAGGGAUCCUCGUUUGCUCAGACUGAUAGCUGGAGAGAUGGCUCGUAUCCACGCCAUUCAUGCACAUAACGGAUGCGUCCCAAAACCCAACCUCUGGAUUAAGAUGCAAAAAUACUUCUCCCUUGUGGCUACAGAGUUAACAGAGCAAGCUUCAAACAUCAGAAUCCAAAAAGAAGUGCCGAGCAAGGACGUGCUGGAGCAGGAGAUGGUAUGGAUGAAGGAGCAUCUCUCCAUGCUGGGUUCACCUGUGGUACUCUGCCACAAUGACCUUCUCUGCAAAAAUAUAAUACAUAACAGCAAAGAAGCUCAUGUUCGCUUCAUAGACUAUGAAUACUCCAGCUACAACUACCAGGCUUUCGACAUUGGCAACCACUUCAAUGAAUUUGCAGGUUUGGCAGAGCUAGACUAUGGGCUGUACCCAAGUCGGGAGAUGCAGCUGGACUGGCUCAGAUUCUACCUGCAAGCUUAUAAACUUUUCACCAAGAAAACGGAAGAGGUCAGCGAUACGGAACUACAGACCCUCUAUGUCCAAGUCAACAAGUUUGCGCUAGCUUCACACUUCUUUUGGGGUUUCUGGGCCCUCAUUCAGGCUAGAUACUCCUCCAUUGAUUUUGACUUCCUUGGGUAUGCUGUGUUACGUUUCAACCAAUACUUCAAGAUAAAGCCCACAGUGAUGGCCUUGCAGAUUCCAGAAUGACAGGAAAUGGAGGGACAUCCAAUAUUGGGGAGUUCUUCUCUUGGGGCCAACGAUGAAUCCUCCCAAGCGUAUCUCAAUAUUUGUAAUGGAACCAAGAUGAGUGCUUACGGAUGUUUGUAUGAGUUCUUGCUUGUUUGUGAAUGUUUGUCUAAUUUUUCAUACAACACUGGAUGUUUUGCUUCCAGAGAGCUGAGUCUUCAUGCAGUCUGUAGGAUUGGAGCUUGCUCACUGGUUGCAAAAGUUACUAUCACUUCCUGGUUGUGGAAGUCACAAGAGAGACUCAUCUCAAAUAUAGGUUCAUAGGUUAGUCAAAUAUAGGUUGACACAACAGCAAAAAAAAACUGCUGUAGAGUAAACUACCGACAUAUGAGUGGCAUUUUUCAGACACAGUGGCAUGUGUGUUGGACGCCAUUCCUUCCUUUUAUUAUGGCAUUCUCUUACCUCUACUCUGGUGCUAAAUUUAUGCUGAACUGCUGCUACUCAGUUUGACAGACAUAGGGGGCUUUUCUUGAAAAAGCCUGUAUAAUAUCUGAGGAUUUGCCUAAUGGAAAAGCUUUACAACGCAUUGUAGCAAACAAAUGGGGGAAAAGCAGUUUAGCUUAUGCUUGUUUCAUUUAUCAGAACUCAGGUGAACCAACUGCAUUGGCUGCACAGUGACAGAUGAAGUUAAAUGGGAUCUGACAUCAACUUUUGAGACGCCCCACACACACACCAUCUUGACUUUUAUGGUUGCAGUGAGCUGCUUUGUUGAACUUUCCAUUUGAACUUUCCAGACCUCAUGGAAAAUCACUGCCUCGGUCACCUCUAGCAGUGAGCUCGGAACAUUUGUGACUGUGUUUCAGUGCCUUUAUAUUGAAUUUGAAACCACAACAACAUAUGAAUUCUUAAAAUAUUACCUGGUUGCAAACAGGUUUUAUCAUCAGGACUAGUCCUUUGUAAACAAAAGAUUCAAAGAUAAAAUUCUGCUACUGUAUGAUACAGUAAUGAAAUCGCCCUAAUAGAAUUGACAGAGGGUCAAUCUGCUUAGUAGAUUUGCUGGCAAGAUUUGCCUAAUUAGACAAGGUUGAUAACUAAUCUAGUUGAAAUCCAUGCUCUGCAAAGACCAAGUAAUGUUAUUCGCCCAUUUUCUAAAUGUCAAAAUCAUAAGUAAACACUGUAGAAGUAGACUCCAUUUUCUAGUUUGCGGGAGGUUGUUGGCACUUCUCUUGUUGCAUUGGUUUCCUGUGAAUGAUGUGGUGUUGAGAGCAUAGUGGCACACACAGUUGAUUGAGCUCCAAAAUUAUUUAACUGAAAAAAAAUAAGCACAUUAACGGCAGAUUUAUUUAGUUAACACGUUUUGUUCAGCUGAAAAUUUGUUUUUGAUGCUUUAAUGUAAACUGCUAGGUUUAUUUUUAACAAGCAGAAGUUGAAUGCACAUUAUCUUUCUGCUAAAUCAGCAUAGACAUUACCGUUGCACUACCAUAUCUGUAAGGGGACUAUAUAUACAUACAUACAUAAAGUUAAUGUGCAGUUGAUUGUAACAUGCAGGAUGAAUUUUUUAUGUAAAUCGGGGUCAGACUUCAUUUUCUAAUAUUUUCCUCAAAUCAACUACUGUAUUGCCAUGUGAUUGAGUGGGUGUGGGUAAAGGGUGCUAGAGGUUUUUGCACAGACAUUGACUUUUAGUAUUUUUGGGCUUUGCUUUCCACACAAAACGCUGCCUUUUUUUUUUUCCAUUAGGUUCCAUACUAUUGUGGUUUUGGUUUUCAGCAUCUCAAAACUACCGUGAGUCAAUAUUAGUUUUAAGUAGCUCAAUUACCAGAAUGCAUUUAAAUGCUGGCUCAGGUGACAAAUUCAACAAGGCAAGUGAAAAACUGUUCCGUACCCGAAAAUUUCUUUUGUUUUAGCUCAUUCUAUUGAGUGAAAUUACAUUCUUUCACUGUGUUGAAAUCAUGCUGAAACUUGGCUUGCUUGCUUGCAUUGUGUUUAUUUUUAGAUUUGACUUUUACUGACAUACUGUAUAUUAUUAAGAAUUUGCAUAACUACAGAUGAAGGAUUAUUUAUUUGUCCUUUGUAUAUUUACACUUUCUAAAUGAGUUGCCUUGACAGGUAUAUUGCUGAGUGACACGUGCAGGUAUAUACAGUACAUAAGAAAUGUACUUUUUGACAGCUACAAUGCACAGAGAUGAAGGGUGUAAAUUAUCUUAAAUACUGUAAAAUGUUUCUGUACAUUGAUUCUUUUCACCUCUGGGGGACUUGGAAGAUGUAUUUAACAUGUAUGUA